AUGUCUGCAGGCGUCGGACCACGCGUGCCCAAGGACGACUUCAUGCGCGCUUUGGGUCUUGAUUCGAGUGAUGCUCGUCACGAGGGCAUCUAUAGGGCUAUGAGGGACGAAGCAAUUGCAACCUACAACCUACUGAAUGCUGAUCGGUCAAAUCUGGUGGAAGAAAAGCAGAAUGACCUAACCAUCCGACCGCCAUAUUUCUGGCAUCAUAUCAGUCGGGAGCGUCAGCAGUGGGCUAUCAUCAAGACUUGGCAGAAUGCUGCUCCUGGCACAGUACAACGACAAAUGUUUGAUCGUGGUGCGACGCAGGGCGAGCACUCUCCUAAUUGGGUAACGCUAUGGUUAUUGUACAGCGUGUUCCGAUCCAGAGACAUCAGAAACAAUCGAAAUCGUCGGAAUGGUGACACUAGUAGUAGUGGCAGUGGAGGCAGUAAUAGCAGUGGUGAGUCGAGAGUCAGGUCGCUUGUAUAA